AUGGAGCCCCCAAGAGGCAUUUUGCAUAAAACGACACUUGAGUCAACCACUUUGCAACAAGGGACAUUUCAUACCACUACCAUUUCAAGCAGCAAGAGAUUCCAUGCCGAUGUCGCCAGUUCUGACCAACAACCGCCUCCACCAAAAAGGGCAGUUCAAUUCCAGAAAGCGUCGACUAUCAACAAGGAACUGCCUGAGCUGGCUGCUAGUAUCAUCACAGACAUUGAUCCCAAUCAUGCUGCCCACCCUUCUGAAUACUCGCAACGCCGGGCAAUAGCAACUACACCCACAUCAGUAGUCGACCGCUCUCUUUCGCUUUCUUUCCCGAGGUAUGGAUUACCGAGCUCGCUGGUAAAUAAUUUUAAAGCACUUGGUAUCAAUGAGAUAUAUACCUGGCAAAAGCAGUGCCUUUUAGGCCCAGGUCUUCUGAAUGGAACAAAGAACCUUGUCUAUACCGCGCCGACAGGGGGCGGUAAGUCUCUAGUUGCUGACAUUUUGAUGCUAAAAAGAGUCCUCGAAAAUAGCGAUUCGAAAGCUUUGCUGGUGCUCCCGUAUGUUGCCUUGGUUCAAGAGAAAGUCCGGUGGCUACGGAACGUUGUCCAAGGUAUCAAGCGCCCACCCAAGGAAGAAUCAUCGGAAAAGGAGCAGCGUUCGCUUUGGCAAAAACGUUUCGACGAGGAUACCAUCAGAGUUGUUGGCUUUUUCGGUGGUGGAAAGGUCAGAGCGACAUGGUCAGACUUCGAUAUCGGAGUCUGCACCUUCGAGAAGGCAAAUUCUCUUCUAAACACUGCCAUUGACGAUUGUUCCAUCACUAAGCUUCGAGCUGUAGUUCUAGAUGAGCUUCAUAUGUUAGACGAUGACCAUCGUGGCUAUCUUAUGGAGCUUAUUGCUACCAAGCUUUUGAGCCUCGGGUAUGAGGUCCAAAUCAUUGGCAUGAGUGCAACACUGCAAAAUAUUGACUUAUUAUCGCGUUGGUUGAACGCUCACAUAUACAGCACGUUCUAUCGGCCUAUACCCAUUGAGGAGUAUCUCGUCUAUGAAGGCAAAAUUUACCCAGCUUCGUCAACUCGCGGCCUCCUUAAGGCUGCUAAAGCUGCUAGUCAAGUCGACUCGGACUCCAAUGCAAGCCAACAGCAGAGCCAGCCUGUUAGGAUCGUCCAACCUAGCUUACACAAGGAAUUUAAGGAGACGGUAUUGAAUUCCGUAGUAGCACUAGCAGUCGAAACAGCGAGGUCCGGCUAUGGUGCCCUCGUGUUUUACGGGUGCGAAUCCGACGCACGGCUUAUUAGCCGGACAUUACGUGAUACCAGCCAACUAGCUUCCGCGAUUAUUGAAGCGAGGUUGGAUCUCUUAGCGGACCUACGCAGUCUCAGCACGGGGCUGGAUCCUUGCCUAGCAGAAACAAUUCCUUCUGGGGUUGCUUUUCACCACGCCGGCUUAACAACAAAGGAAAGGGAGUUGAUAGCUAGUGCUUACGAUAAAGGCGUGCUGAAGGUUUUGGUAGCAACCUGCAGUCUUGCCGCUGGUAUUAACCUUCCAGCCCGAAGAGUCAUCCUCCACAACGCGCGUAUGGGCCGAGACUUGGUCGGGCCCUCUAUGCUCCGUCAGAUGCGCGGCCGUGCGGGAAGAAAAGGAAAAGACGAAAUAGGGGAGACCUAUCUGUGCUGUCGUAAGGACGACUUGGAGGACGUCAUCGAGCUUAUGCGAGCUGAGCUACCGCAAAUUUCGAGUGGCUUAACAACCGACAGACAACGCAUCCAACGCGCAUUACUGGAGAUCAUAGCCAUCAGGUUGGCCAAUUCGAGAGACACCGUUGAAGAUUAUAUCCAGAAAACCCUAUUGAGCUUAUCUUCGACGCCCGAUGAGAUAAGGGGACACGUCGAUUCUAGCUUACGAGAUUUAAUCGAGAAAGGGUUCCUUCACUGUGGUGACUUCGAGACGUAUACGGCAACACAGCUUGGCAAAGCGAUUGUCACCUCUUCACUCGAACCGGAGGAUGGGGUGUUCAUCCAUCGCGAGAUGCAGCGUGCAUUACGCGCUUUCGCAAUGGAUGGUGAAAUGCAUGUUUUAUAUAUGUUCACACCGGUGCACGAUACUUCCACCACGAUCGACUGGCGAGUCUUUAGGUCGGAAAUGGAAGGUCUCGAUGACAGCGGGCUUCGUGUUAUGAGUUUUCUAGGCCUGAAACCGACACAAGUGAUCAAAAUGGCCCAAGGCGGAACCCUCAAAGAGACAACUCCGGAAGAAAAGGAAGUUUCCCGUAUAUAUCGCCGGUUCUACCUUGCUCUACAACUGAGAGACUUGUGCAACGAAAUGCCAGUUCAUGUGGUAUCACGCAAGUACGACACGCCACGAGGUGCGGUACAGAACCUGGCGCAGACAUGUCAGGGUUUUGCUGCUGGAAUGAUCAAGUUUUGCGAGCAGAUGGGCUGGGGGGCGAUGGCAGCUGUUCUAGACCACUUCUCGGACAGGCUGAACGCCGGGGCAAGGUCAGACCUCCUGGCGCUAGCGAAGAUCACGUUCGUCAAGAGCCGGACGGCUCGGGUUUUCUACGACAACGGUUUCAAAACCGUCGCAGCAAUCGCUAAUGCGGAUCCCAAGGAGCUUGUGCCGAUCCUUAUACAGGCGCAACCGAGUAAAGUGAGGCUUAAAUCCAAAGACGAGGAGAAAUACGAAGAGAAGCUCCUCGCCAAGGCCAAAAUCAUCGCAGAUUCGGCAAACAAGCUGUGGCGAAUCGAGAUGCAGCAGCAAAUAUAUGAAGAAGAAUAA